AGAGUCGAAGAUUCAUGAGAGAGUCAAAAUUUCCGAUCGAAAACCGGAGAGAGAUAGCAAUUCUAAUUAUAAAAUUGAUCAAUCGAUUUUUUUUUUCUCGUAGUACGCAUUUUAUUUACAGUUAUAGCGUGCAGUUAUCAUUUGUUCGCGCACACGUUUUUAUUACGCCUAUCUAUAACAAUAUGUUGUUAAAUAUGUAAACACAGAGGUUCAGCAAAAUUGAAACUGAUUGCAACGGGUAUUUUAUAACAUCCUCUCUCCACUUUCAGGUUAUGCAAAAGUCAUGUCGUUGUGGAUUCAUGUACGGGGAGCUAACGGACAAGGAAACGAUCGCCAGGAUCGAGGAGUGCCUCGAGGGUCAGAUUCACGAUCAAUUCGAGAUUCUGCUAUACAAGAAGACCAGUAGCCCAAGAGAGACCCCAUUAUGGCUGCUGUUGCAAAUAGCACCCAUCAAGAACGAACGAGACCUCGUGGUCCUGUUCCUGCUGACGUUUCGAGACAUCACCGCUUUAAAGCAACCCAUCGAAACGGACGACAGCAAAGGCGGCCUGUCCAAAUUUGCCAAGCUCGCCAGAUCGGUUACCAGAUCGAGAUCGGUUUUAGUUUCUCAGUUCAGCUCCCAUCUGCCGGCCCUGAAAGAUACAGCCGUACCAACCACUACCAAACAAUCGCAUUUGGGUCAUAUGAUGUCCCUAAGUGGCGAUGUUAUGCCACAAUACAGACAAGAAGCGCCGAAAACACCGCCGCACAUUCUACUGCAUUACUGCGCAUUUAAAGCAAUUUGGGACUGGAUCAUUUUGUGUUUGACUUUUUAUACAGCCAUCAUGGUGCCGUAUAACGUCGCGUUUAAAAAUAAGACUAGCGAGGAUGUCUCUCUGUUAGUUGUAGACAGUAUCGUUGACGUGAUAUUCUUUAUCGAUAUUGUGCUAAAUUUUCACACAACGUUUGUUGGCGCUGGUGGAGAAGUGGUAUCUGAUCCGAAGGUAAUCAGAAUGAACUAUCUGAAAUCUUGGUUCCUCAUAGAUUUACUAAGCUGUCUACCGUAUGAUGUAUUUAACGCCUUCGAUCACGAUGAGGACGGGAUAGGUAGCCUGUUCUCAGCGCUGAAGGUGGUACGGCUGCUGCGACUCGGCAGAGUCGUACGCAAGUUAGAUCGUUAUCUGGAGUACGGUGCCGCGAUGCUCAUUCUUCUGCUCUGUUUCUACAUGUUGGUUGCUCACUGGCUGGCCUGUAUCUGGUACGUCAUAUUAAGGUACUCGAUAGGGAGAUCGGACGCCGACAAUGGGCUGCAAUACUCGUGGUUGUGGAAGUUGGCCAACGUUACUCAGUCACCGUAUAGCUACUUGUGGACCAAUGCCAGCACCGCACCCGAACUAGUGGCCGGGCCUUCACGCCGCACGAUGUACGUCACUGCUCUUUACUUCACAAUGACUUGCAUGACCUCCGUGGGCUUUGGAAACGUCGCGGCCGAAACCGACAAUGAGAAGAUCUUCACCAUCUGCAUGAUGAUUAUCGCUGCCUUAUUGUACGCCACGAUCUUCGGUCAUGUCACCACGAUUAUCCAACAAAUGACGUCCGCCACCGCCAAGUAUCACGAUAUGUUGAACAACGUGAGGGAAUUCAUGAAGCUCCACGAAGUGCCGAAAGCUCUUAGCGAACGCGUUAUGGAUUACGUCGUCAGCACGUGGGCCAUGACGAAGGGCCUGGAUACAGACAAAGUCCUCAACUACUGCCCUAAGGAUAUGAAGGCCGACAUUUGUGUGCACCUCAAUCGGAAGGUCUUCAACGAACAUCCCGCCUUUAGGCUGGCGUCCGACGGGUGUCUGCGCGCGUUGGCGAUGCACUUCACGAUGUCGCAUAGCGCGCCGGGCGAUCUGCUGUAUCACACGGGGGAAUCCAUCGAUUCUCUAUGCUUCAUCGUGACCGGCAGCCUUGAAGUCAUACAGGACGACGAAGUGGUGGCUAUACUGGGGAAAGGCGACGUUUUCGGGGAUAGCUUUUGGACGAAUCCGACGAUCGGCCAGAGCGCGGCGAACGUCCGGGCGCUCACCUACUGCGAUUUGCACACAAUCAAGCGAGAUCGGCUGUUGGAAGUGUUGGACUUUUAUCAAGCCUUCGCGAACUCCUUCGCCAGGAACCUGAUCCUAACUUACAACCUGAGUCAUCGGCUGAUCUUUCGAAAAGUCGCCGAUGUUCGUCGAGAAAAGGAACUGGCCGAAAGAAGAAAGAAUGAGCCUCAAUUGGAUCAAGCCCAGGAUCAUCUGGUUCGGAAGAUCUUCUCAAGGUUCAAGAGCGAGGGGGAAAGCCAGAUCGGCGUGUCCAGGACCGUGAGCGGACGGUCCCAUCAGGAUUCCGACGAGGAACUCACCGUGAACGUCCUGCCGCCCUGGCCAAGUUUUAGGUUCCGCCGCGAAAGGCAGCACACUGCCGACGUAGAAAAGGGUGACGGUAAAGAUGCCAAGGAUGGCGAAACGUCCCACGCUAAGAAAGCAUCCACCGCCGAAGAAGGUGGAACGACCGUUACCGUACCGAAAACGAGACCGGGCAAAUGGGGACGUUUAUUAGGUAGCUCAAGUGUAGAUUCCGGUAGCGAAUCGGGCACAGCCGGCGACACGUUCAAGCGUUCUUUCAGCGCAAGAGAUCCACGUCCGGGAUCGAGCGUUGGCACCAAUAAGGUCUUUCCGAAGCUUGGAAAAUUGGGAGGCACGAUCGAGGAAGGCGCCGAUAACGAAAAUCCGAAGGAUGCGCAGCAGCAGCAGCAACAGCAACAGCAGGCGCAGCAACAACAACAACAGACUCACGGAGUGGAUUCGAAGCAGUUGCAACUUCGACGUCUUGAGAGCUACGAUGGUGGUCUGAUUACGCAGCAACCAAGCCAGGAGCGGGAGAUUUUCGCCGCGGUAUUAGAAGUGAAGGUGGAUCUGAAGCUAGAGGUGCAGAGGGUGAAUCAACGGCUGGCUAAGAUCGAGGACAUGCUGCAGGCGUUGAUGAACAAGUUGCCAGCCGCCGGAACGCCAUCGUCCAGCGGUAGCGGCGGCAGUUCUCAGCAACAGAAGAUCCCGAGCUUAACUCUGAGCGGCGUGCAGAGUCAGCCACCUGUCACUCCGAGUGCGGUGACGUUGGUCCAAUCCGCGACUCAAACUACCGAGCACAGGCCGUCGAUCGCUACCACGUCUACGUCCACGAUACCGAGCGAGGGUUAUCGAGAGCAGUCGACCGCGACGGAGCGCGUAUCGAAGAGCGGCCAGGAGCAGCACCACCAUCAUCACCACCAUCACCAUCAGUCAUCGUCAUCCCGAGACGUCAGCAAGGAGCUGUUGGAACGGCUGGCACAAGCCUCUACGUCACGCGGUGACGACUCGAGUGCCCUGGGACCGCUUAUCCUGCGCAAGCGACGCAGCAAAUCGCGCAACAAGGGUGCCGCGCCGCUCGCCCCUCUCGCUACGCAGCCGAUGAGUCCAUCGGAAGCUACGGAAACCACGCAGAUGCUCGAGUGCACCGACGACCGGGACUCGAGUGGCGGAGGACCCACCGACAGGACCGCCGCGGACAGGACCGCCGAGAGACCCGAUCGUAAGAGACCACCGCCCAGGCCGAGAGAGUAUUUGUGAAAGUUCUUUUCUCGCCGAUUAUUUCAUUUGUUCCUUUUCUCGAGACGAUUUGUCGCGGUUAAAAAAGAGCGAUUGAAAGAGCUCGCCAUCCUAUACGCUUGGUAGUUUAACCUUUCGUAAGAAUGGGAGUUCGCGCUGUACGAUAAUGCGCUCGCGAUUAUCUUAUUUACCCAAAAAAAAAAAAAAAAAAAAAAA